GGGAAGGUGGAAUCACUGGCCAUCGCGUCCGAAGUAAGCCAUGCCGGCAUGUCCCUGACUGGCAGCGACGACGUAUUAGGGCAGGGGACCGAGGAGUACGAGGAUAUGAGCAGAGACCUGGAUGACGAGGCCGCCCUCAGAAGCCGGAUGCGCAAGGAGCUGCGGGACGCGGAGACCGUCUCCCAGGAGAUGCGGGAAGAUAUCAUGCACUUGCUGCAGCUCUUCGGUGUCCCCUACCUGGUGGCGCCCAUGGAGGCGGAGGCCCAGUGCGCCGUGCUGGAGACCCUGGGGCUGGUCGACGGGGUGGUGUCGGACGACAGCGAUUCCUUCCUUUUCGGGGCCCGCGCUGUCUACAAGAAU